CACCACGCUCUCAUUUCUUUCCUUUACAACCUCAAAUCUCCCUCCCCCUAGCGGCUCCUUGCCGCACCUCUCCUCUCUUCCUAAUUUUCCGGCAUCUUUCUCGUUUUCUUUCCCUCUGCUUCGAAGCGGUUCAGCUAAGAGCAUAAGACCGCUCGCUGGUGCCAAUCGAUAAGCUCGUUCGCUCCACCGCCGAAAUCAGUCGAAGCCGCCUGCGAUCAUAUUAACUCGCGCUCUCUUUCGCAUCUGUAGCGCGGUUGGUAUAUGCCUCACGUCGACUCGCCGCCCAUGGCGACACCUAUCGUCGUCAAGAAUGCUUCCAAUGCGCCGAGCCGGGAGGACGUAGCCUCAAUCCUGCACACAAUCUUCACAGCCGACAAGUCGCAGGCCUCCCUCGAUGCAGCCUACGCGCUUGUCAAUGUGCUACAGUCCUCGGUCGGAUUCCGAGGUCUUAGAGACUACGGGAUCUUAGAUGCUAUUCGAAAGGCUGCUACGGAUAAGAAGAAUGUGGGCAAGCGAGAAGGAGCCAUGUUCGCGCUCGGCGCGCUAUUUGAACGCCUUCCGCCACAUGAGCCUAUCAGCGAGGUUGUGUUCCUGCGUCAGGAGAAAGAUCUGGUGAAGCUGUCUCUAGACGCUAUGGCGGACAAAGUCGCAAGCGUUAAGGAGUCUGCACAGUACGCGCUGGAUGCACUCUUCAACAACCUGAAGGUCGAAGCCCUCGUUGCGGGGCUCCUCCCUGCUCUUCUUUCUUAUUUGCAGACAUCUACAGGAAAAUGGCAGGGCGUUGCAUACGCCUUCAAAAUGGUUGGCCAGAUGGCUGACAAGGCGAAGAUGGGGAUGGGUAGCAUGGAAGAAGAGGAAGCCAAGGAUGUUCUCCGAGACGCCAUGGGCAAGAGACUGUCCGAUUUGAUACCCGUCGUCGAAGGAGGUAUGCAUGAUCUGAAGGCGGAAGUGGCAAAAGCUGCCAACAAGACGAUGAAGUCGCUCACGACGCUGCUGCAAAAUGAGGACGUGGAGCCGAAGAUCCCGCUCUUGAUCACAGCUAUGGAGAAGCCGUCUACAGAGAGUCUGCAAAAGGCUAUUCAUGGGCUAUCCCAGACUACCUUCGUAGCCGUAGUAAACUCACCUGUUCUCGCAUUGCUGACUCCGCUGCUUGAACGCGCGCUCAACGCUCCCGCGACCACACAAGAGGUUCUGCGACAGACCUGUGUUAUUAUCGAGAAUCUCACGAAGCUCGUUCACGACCCCAUCGAAGCGCGAGAAUUCUUGCCCAAGCUCAAGCCAGGUGUAACACGAGUCAAGACUGGUGCUUCCCUUCCUGAGGUUCGUGAGGUCGGUGAACGAGCACUGAAUGUAAUGAGCAAGGCGAUGGGCGAACAGAAUGGUAGCCUGAGCCCCCUUUCAAAGGCUACGGCGGAUGACGCAGCUGCGGUCAUUGAGAGCGAAAUCAAGAAGAACGGCGGCUUUGAGGACCUUCCUGGCGAUGCCGAGGUUUGGAAGUUUGCAAAGUCCUAUCUUGGUCAAAUGGUGGCCGACGAUGCUAAUCAGCGGAAGCUGAAUCGGAUCGUCGCAUGUGUUGAGCCGUAUAUCAAGCAGCUCGUCGUGCCUGGCUCUUCAGAAAAAAUAGCGGCAGCUGUUCACCAAUUUUUUGUCGAAGAGGAUAAUCGAAAGUUCGGCGCUCCUCCCCAGGAUGAGGAUGGUGAAGUCGAGAUUGUGAAUGCCAACUUCUCCCUAGGUUAUGGUGGCAUGCUUCUUCUCUCACACACGAAUCUCCGCCUGCUUAAAGGCCAUCGUUAUGGACUUUGUGGCCGUAACGGGGCUGGAAAGUCUACUCUUAUGCGCAGUAUUGCUGAAGGCAAGUUAGAGGGCUUCCCACCACAGGAUCAGGUCCGGACCUGCUUCGUGGAGCAUAACCAGGGUGAAGAUGCGGAUCUCAGCAUUCUUGAGUACUGUGCAAAGGAUCCCAAGCUCGCCCCUGAGGGUCGUGAGCGUAUCUCUCAGGUUCUUGAGGAGGUCGGUUUCACGGCAGGGCCUGAAGGCCGCCAAUCCCAUAAGGUUGGCUCCUUAUCUGGUGGUUGGAAGAUGAAGCUUGCCCUUGCUCGAGCCAUGUUGAUGCGAGCCGAUGUGCUUCUGCUGGAUGAACCAACCAAUCACUUGGACGUAGCUAACAUCGCAUGGCUGGAGCAGUAUCUUAAGAAGCACACCGAGAUCACCAGUUUGAUCGUAUCCCACGACUCCAGCUUCCUUGACAAUGUAUGCACAGACAUCUACCACUACGAGCAGAAGAAACUUGUGUGCUACAAAGGCAACUUGGCAGAGUUUGUUAAGGUUAAACCAGAGGCAAAGAGCUACUACACGUUGUCCGCUUCAAAUGCCCAGUUCAAGUUCCCCCCGCCAGGUAUCUUGAGUGGUGUCAAAUCAAACACCCGAAAGAUUCUGCAGAUGCAGCAUGUCACAUAUACAUAUCCUGGUGCCUCAAAACCGUCCUUGUAUGACGUGUCUUGCGCACUGUCGCUGUCAUCGCGUGUGGCAAUCAUUGGCGCCAAUGGCGCAGGUAAAUCGACUCUUAUCAAAAUCCUUACUGGAGAGCUUAUCCCACAGGAGGGCAAAGUUGAGAAACAUCCAAACCUGCGAAUCGGUUAUAUCAAGCAGCACGCUCUUGAGCACGUCGAAAUGCACAUGGAAAAAACGCCAAAUCAGUAUUUGCAGUGGCGAUACGCGCACGGCGAUGACCGCGAAGUGCUCAUGAAGCAGACACGCAAAAUGACGGAGGAAGAUAUUGCGCAGAUGGCAAAGCCAAUCGAUCUCGGCGAUGGCAAGGGCCCUAGAUUCAUCGAGGCCCUCAUCGGCCGUCAAAAAUAUCAGAAAUCAUUCCAAUACGAGGUCAAAUGGAAGAACAUGCUUCCUAAGUUCAACACGAUGAUUUCGCGUGAGACUUUGCUUGAUAGAGGCUUCUUCAAACUUGUUCAGGAAUUCGACGACCAUGAGGCUUCACGUGAGGGUCUAGGUUAUAGAGUUUUGGAGCCAAAGGUUAUCAGCAAGCAUUUCGAAGAUAUUGGUUUGGACCCAGAAAUCGCAAACCACAAUGCCAUCUCCGGCUUGUCGGGUGGGCAGAAGGUCAAGGUAGUACUGGCCGGCGCAAUGUGGAAUAAUCCUCACCUGCUAGUCCUUGACGAACCGACCAACUUCUUAGACCGCGAUUCGCUUGGUGGUCUUGCCGUUGCCAUUCGCGACUUCAAAGGUGGCGUCGUCAUGAUUUCGCACAACGAAGAGUUCGUGGGUGCUUUGUGCCCCGAGCAAUGGCACGUUGCCGACGGUCGUCUCACACACAAAGGUCACGUUGGAAUCUCACUUGACCGAUUUGAGGACUCCCGUCCCGGCUCGUCAGCUGUCUCAUCAGCCAUGGCUAGUGCAGCAGGAUCACCCCUCAGCUCUGCUGUACCCUCCGCAGCGGCGUCUGCGGUCAAUAGCGAGGACGAAAAACCAGCAGACAUGAAGUUCAAGGCGAAGAAGAAGAAGACAAAGCUCACAAGGGCGCAGCUGAAGGAGCGCGAAGUGCGGAGGAGAUUGCGGUAUAUUGAAUGGCUGAACAGUCCGAAGGGAACGCCGAAGCCCCCAGACACCGAUGACGAAGCUUAGCAACGGUCAAGGCUAUUUUUAGGUCCCCUGAGAGGGAUGAAAUGAUAUGCAUUGGAUGGCGUUUGCUUGAAGUCGCAUUUUGAAGAGAACCAUAGAUUUGAUAGACUAAGGCGCUUGGGUUGCAAUUUUCUACGUCAAAAGUUAGAUUUACAGCUCGAACUAGAUGCUAGAGCAGCCGUGAAAAAAUAAAGUUCCUGAGUUCUCGCA